UUAUGUUUAACAAUAAUCAUAUGACUAUAGCUUGAAACUUUUAUAAUCAAAAGUAAAUUAUUUUUUAGAUGCAAGAAAUGAUUUCAAACGGCUUCUUUUUUCUACUUUUCUCAGUUUUGAUUCGAGCAAGUCCGUUCCAUCCAGGCAAAGACAGAAAAUGCUAUAUCCCAGAAUUCGACGCUAACAUUGUUGAAGUCAUUAAAACCCCUCGACCUCAUGAAUAUCUUCACUUACCAAGUUUGCCUACAAAUGUGGAUUGGCGAAACUUCAAUGGAACUAACUAUGCAAGUACUACUCGCAAUCAACAUAUUCCUCAAUAUUGUGGAUCAUGUUGGGCACAUGCGACAACAAGCGCACUUGCUGAUAGAAUAAAUAUUCUUCGUGGGGGUGCAUUUCCAUCUGCACUUUUAUCUGUUCAGCAUGUAUUAGAUUGCGCUGAUGCUGGUACAUGCCAUGGUGGUGGUAAUUUAGCAGUUUAUGAAUAUGCACACAAAAAUGGAAUUCCAGAUGAAACCUGUAAUAACUACCAAGCCAUUGAUCAAGAAUGUACUUCAUUUAACCAAUGCGGAACAUGUUUGACUUUUGGUAAAUGCUUUGCUGUGCAAAACUACACAAAAUUCAUGGUUUCAGAAUAUGGACGAGUGUCUGGGCGCGAACAAAUGAUGGCAGAGAUAUUUAAACGUGGACCAAUUGCUUGCGUGAUAAUGGCUACACCUCUUUUUGACAAAUAUACAGGUGGAAUAUAUAGUGAAUAUAACGAAGUUUCUAUAGCCAACCACGCUAUAUCUGUUCAUGGUUAUGGGGUAGAUGAAAACGGUGUUGAAUUCUGGAUUGGAAGAAACUCAUGGGGAGAGCCAUGGGGAGAGAGAGGAUGGUUUCGUAUGGUUACCUCGUUGUAUAAAGAUGGGAAAGGUGGCUUUUAUAAUUUAGGUAUAGAAGAUGACUGCGCAUUUGGUGUUCCUAUUCUACCAUCCGGAUGGUAGUAAAUUGAAUAUACUUUUUUGGUAUAUAUUAAUAAUUACUUGAUAGACACCUAUUUGUAUUCCGAUAUUUAGACCUUACUUCAUAGCUUAUUUUUAA